AUGUCUGACUGCAGGCGCCAGUGGAACCGGGAGGACGAGCUCCCAGUUUAUUUGGCGAGACCCGUUACAACGGGACCGAACCAACGGCAGAAAUCUUACGGGAUGUUCAGUUCUGUGGAGGGGGCAUUUGAUAGUAAGACCAUUGAUUUUGAUUCUUACGCGGUAGGGAGGAAGGGGAGUCGGACACCGAGAAGCGGCAGCAGAGAACGCAUCCUGGAUAGAGAAUAUUUUUGCCAAACGGCCAACGAAGCCGGCGACAAUCGCGGUGGGUCCAUAAUCAGCUCACAGGGCGAUCAAGACAACGGACGCCCGAGAGCGGGGAUACUGCAGCCGCCUGGGACAGAUAACCAUACUUCACAAGGUGAGGGGGCGCUCCAGCUCCUCCGUGGAACACGAAACACGAGUGAGCAGUUGUUGAUCAGAGGAGGUCGGGUGAUUAAUGAUGACCAGUCCGUCUAUGCUGAUGUUUCCGUGGAGAAUGGCGUGAUAAAACAGGUGGGGGAGAACCUGACCGUGCCUGAGGGGGUGAGGGUGAUUGAAGCUAAUGGUCGCAUGGUGAUCCCUGGGGGAAUUGAUGUCAACACCUGCUUUCAGAAGCCUUACCUGAGUACCGUGCCCGUGGAUGACUUCUUCCAGGGCACCAAGGCCGCUGUGGCAGGGGGCACCACCAUGAUCAUUGAUCAUGUGACUCCCCAGCCGGGGGACAGCCUGCUGGAGGCGUUUGAGAGAUGGCAGGAGGUGGCAGACAAGAGGGUGUGCUGUGACUACUCUCUCCAUGUGGACAUCCCUCAGUGGCAUAAUGGGGUUAAAGAGGAGCUGGAGCUACUUGUACAGGAGAAAGGAGUCAAUUCAUUCCAAGUGCACAUGGCCUACAAGGAUUUGUUACAGAUGACUGACUCUCAGCUGUAUGAGGCUUUUUUGGCUCUGAAGGAAAUGGGGGCUGUGGUUUUGGUGCACGCUGAAAAUGGAGAUCUCGUUGCACAGGAGCAGAGUAAAAUCCUUGGUAUGGGUAUCACAGGACCAGAGGGUCAUCCUCUGAGUCGACCUGAGGAGUUGGAGUCAGAGGCUGUGUUUCGUGCCAUCACCCUUGGCAACAGGGUCAACUGUCCUAUUUACAUCACUAAAGUGAUGAGCAAGAGUGCAGCUGACAUUGUGACCCAGGCCCGAAGGAAAGGCUCUGUUGUGUUUGGUGAACCAAUCACGGCCAGCCUCGUCACUGAUGGUUCACAUUAUUGGAGCAAGAACUGGGCCAAGGCUGCCGCCUACGUGACCUCCCCGCCCCUCAGCCCUGACCCCACGACUCCUGAUUACCUCCACUCUCUGCUCGCAUGUGGAGACCUGCAGGUGGUGGGUAGCGCACACUGUGCUUACAGCACCUCCCAAAAGGCUAUUGGAAAAGACAACUUCACCUUAAUCCCAGAGGGGACCAAUGGAGUGGAGGAGAGGAUGGGAUUUGUCUGGGACAAAGCAGUGGCCAUGGGAAAGAUGGAUGAGAAUCAGUUUGUGGCUGUCACCAGUACCAACGCUGCCAAAAUCUUCAACCUGUACCCCCGUAAGGGCCGGAUCGCUGUGGGCUCUGAUGCCGACAUUGUCAUCUGGGACCCCGACAAAAUCAAGACCAUCACCGCCAAGAUGCAGCAGUCGGCUGUGGAGUAUAACAUUUUUGAGGGGAUGGAGUGCCGUGGAGGCCCGGUGCUUGUGCUCAGUCAGGGCAGGAUCGUGUAUGAAGAGGGAAAGCUCCACGUUCAGCCUGGCACGGGGCGCUUCAUCCCCCGAAAACCCUUCCCUGACUCCAUCUACCAGCGCAUCAAAAUUAGAGACAAGAUGAUGGGGAAACAGGGUGUCUCUCGUGGAAUAUAUGAUGGGCCUGUAUAUGAUGUCCCAGCCACUCCAAAAUACAUCACCCCUGCCCCUUCUGCCAAAACUUCGCCCACCUCUCACCAGCCUCCACCAAUCAGAAACCUCCACCAGUCCAACUUCAGCCUAUCAGGGGCACAAAUUGAUGACAAUGUUCCGCGGCGCUCAGGACACCGUAUUGUAGCACCCCCUGGUGGACGCUCCAAUAUUACCAGCCUAGGCUGA